UUGCCUGGAUUGCACUGGCCAAUAAAAACCUCUGAAUCUGUCCUUUGCAUUACAGGCUGCGAUGAAAGUAUGCUGGCUUCUCUCUCUCCAGCAUCUUGCACUUCUAGUGAGAAUCUCUCUCGAGCCACAAGACACAGCCUGCCCAGAACCUCUUUCUUAACUGUCAGCUGAAAGACCAGCACUUGUCAUCUAACUGCUUAAAACUUACUGAAUGCCGGCAAAUUCAGCAAGUGCCAGGCAGAUAGGAGUGCCACGCUCUUCAAAGGAGCAUAGGAUAGUCUGGGAUCCGACUACUGCUUUCAGCAGCAAACUCAUAUUAGACCACAGCCACUUAAGAUCCUGCAUCCAAAAUGCAAGCUCAGUCUCCAGUGGUCAUUGUGACUCAGCCCGGAGGUGGCUCCAUCCCUCAAACCUCCAACUGGCAGACAGGCUUGUGCGAUUGCUUCAGCGACUGCGGCGUCUGUCUCUGUGGCAUAUUUUGCUUCUCGUGCCUGUCGGUUCAAGUUGCAUCUGACAUGAACGAAUGCUGCCUGUGCGGAACGAGUGUCGCAAUGCGGACCCUCUACAGGACUCGCUACGGCAUCCCGGGAUCCAUUUGUGAUGACUUUAUGGUGACCCUCUGCUGCCCUAUGUGUUCUCUUUGCCAAAUCAAGAGAGACAUCAACAGAAGGAGAGCCAUGCAUACGUUCUAAACAGCUGAUGGUAAGGAGCUCCGUUUUUUUCCCUUCUGCGAGCUUGCUCUUGACCUGAUGAAGAGCUCUUAGGAAGCAACUUAAAUCAGCUACACACCUCUUCAGCUUCUCCACUCUUGGCAGCUGAAAUGUAAUUGAUAUAUUUAAUCACAAUUAAGAAAAUAGAACUUUAUUUUAAAAGAAUACUGUCUUUUACUUUUGCUAAAUGCUCUAGCUAUGUUUCUCCUUACUGUUAAAUUUUCUUGUUUAUGAAUCUUAUAUUACAUUUAAAAUGUACACCAAAUAAAAGAUUUUACUAACAUGA